AGAAGACGUCAUUUCCAGGUUGUGGCGUCAUGUUGCAGAGGAUUGUGGGAAGUACCGGUGUCAAAACAGAAAGCGUGUUUCGGGAAACGUUGUUGAACCUGCAUCAGCUGUUCUAACGUCAAUGCCGCAGCAAUGGAGGCUAAAACCGAGACGCUCAAACGCUACAUCUGCUCGUUCCCCAGCUGCUCGGCGGCGUACAACAAACAGUGGAAGCUGGACGCCCACUUGUGCAAACACACCGGACUGAAGCCGUACACGUGUGAGCGCGACGGCUGCGGUAAGUCCUUCUGCAGUCCCUACCACUUGGCCCGACAUGAUCUCAGCCACAGCGGCGUGAAACCCUUUCAGUGCACCGUGGACGGCUGCGAGGAGGCCUUCACCACCAACACCAACCGGGCCAGGCACAUCAGCCGCAUUCACACGCAGGAGCAGAAGAGGUAUGCUUGCAAGUUCGAGGGCUGCGGUCUGGAGUUCAAGAAGAACAAGCAGCUCAAGUCCCACGUGUGUGAGCAGCACACCCAGCUGCCACCGUACCAGUGCACUUACGAAGGAUGCCACAUGCGAUUCACCUUCCCCAGCAAGCUGAAGCGACACGAGAAGGUGCACAGAGGGUACCCCUGCAAGGAGGAGGGCUGCAGCUUCACGGGGAAGACCUGGACGGAGUACCUGAAGCACAGGAAGGAGCAGCAUAGGCUCACCGUGAAGUGCGACCAGUGCAGCAAGGUCUUCAGGGACUCCUGGUUCCUGCAGCAGCAUCAGCACGUCCACUCCGAGAUGCGAGUGGUCUUCAGGUGCCCGAGGGACGACUGCGACCGGUCGUUCACCACGACUUUCAACCUGGAGAGCCACAUCGGCUCCUUCCACGAGGAGCUGCGGCCCUUCAGCUGCACCCACGCAGGCUGCGGCAAGACCUUCGCCAUGAGACAGAGCCUCCACCGUCACAGCGUCGUCCACAGCCCGGAGAGGAAGAAGCUGAGGAAGACGAAACCCAAAAGAUCUCUUGCUUCCAGGCUAACGGGUUACAACGAAACAAAGAAAGUGGUGUGUAAAAAGCGCAGGGAGCCUGAAUCCCUCAGAGGGCCUGCACAGAAUCAGACCGGUCCACCUGGGCCUGUUGAGUUGGUGUCCCUCCUGCAGGACACGUCCUUGCUGUGCGGCCCUGCGAUAGACACACAUGGACUUACUAAUGCCAUAACUACACCUCUGACAAUGUAGAGUGAAGUGAAGGAGAUCACACCAGCAGUUAUUGAUCAGAGCAUUGAUGAUGUAUUUUCAUUUCCAACCUGGUUGUUGGAUGUCUUGAUGUUGCACAAAAUUUAAGCCCCCAUGUAAAAGCCUAUAAGGUUCUUUAUUCUGGACACAGUGACUGUUUGGUUGCUUUGAGCUGGAAGCUAAGGGACCUGAAAAUGAAUCCUGAAUGAAGACGUCACCCAGCACCGCCAAAAGACAUUUUGGAUUGAUACCAAAUCCCGUCUUCCGUCCCUCUGGGUGUCGUCAUCCGCACUUAUUCUCUGUAGUUGAAUAAAUUUGUGGACUUUUAUUCUGAAGCCAUUAAAUCUACUAUAUUUUUUGCUAUUCGUAUUUAAGAAGAAAAAUGUAUUUUGUGUAUGUUGUACAUUUAAUAAGAAUUUUUUAGUGUUUUUGUAAAAUUUCCCCCCCAAAAAAUUCCCUCUGCAGAGAGACUGUUUGUUUAAAUAAAACCUGUGCC